AAGGAAAGCCAGACACUGUAGAGGCAGAGGCACUGAUACCCUCAGGCACUCCUACUCCAAACCCCCUGAAGACACUUGGGGAGUUGGACAUUUGGAAUCCUGGCGUUUUGGUGCUCGUCACACAUUCGGUUAAUUUCCUCAGUCCAACACUUGAUCGGACGACGGCCCUGAAUGUGCCGUUAGACCAAGUAUUAUUUUUCAGAACAGUGCCGCGUUGUGACCUCCUCUGCUGGAAUAGCGCCGCUCCCCGACCGCCAAUGCUGACCGAGACGUGCGGAACCAUGUCCAUGGGGUCGGAUGUUCGGGAUCCGACCCUGCUGCCUCCGGCGCCUCCCGUCCCGGGGGCCGGCGGCGGCUGCGGGAUGUCCGUCGGUCCUGGCCAGUGGAGCCAGCUGCUGGACCUCCACCCGGCUUCGCCCUACGGCUGCCUGCCCACCCACCACUCCCUCAUCAAGCAGGAGCCCAGCUGGGGGGCCGUGGACUCCAUAGAGGACCCUCACUGUGGACUGGGAGCCUUCACGGUGCACUUCUCGGGCCAGUUCACGGGCUCGGGCCCGUGCAGAGUCGGGGCCUUCGGGGAACCGACCGCGGGUCAAGCCCGGGUGUUUCCAAACGGAACCUACCUGCCCAGCUGCGUGGACAGCCCUCCUGCGCCCAGGAAUGAGGGUUAUGGAGCGAUGGGUUUAGACAGCAACCCCAGCUACGCUCACACGCCGUCCCACCACACCCCUCAGCUCUCCAGCCUGUCCUUCAAGCACGAGGACGCGCUGUCGCCGACAAACAACAUAGUGGACCAGCAGUAUCCGGCUCCUUCUCCCAUGUUCGGCUGCCACAGCCCCACAGACUCUUGUCCAAACAGCCAAGCUCUGCUGCUGAGGAACUACAACAGUGAUAACCUGUACCAAAUGGCUCAGCUGGAGUGUGUGGCCUGGAACCAAAUGAACAACUUGGCAUCUUCCAUCAAGAGCACCAGCUACGACCCCGAGCCCGCGGCGCCGCCUCCGCCCAUGCUCGUCAGCGCUCAGUACCACAUACACACCCACGGCGUCUUCAGAGGGCUGCAGGACGUCCGGCGCGUUCCGGGCAUCGCUCAUCCGGUGGUGAUGUCGUCGGAGGGCGCGAAGAAGCGCCCGUUCGUGUGCGCGUAUCCCGGCUGCAGCAAGAAAUACUUCAAGCUGUCGCAUCUGCAGAUGCACGGGCGCAAACACACAGGGGAGAAACCGUACCAGUGCGACUACGCGGACUGCGGCCGCAGAUUCUCUCGCUCAGACCAGCUAAAGAGGCACCAGCGCAGACACACAGGAGUGAAGCCCUUUCAGUGCGAGAGGUGUCAGAGAACGUUUUCACGGUCAGACCAUCUUAAGACGCACACUCGGACUCAUACAGGUGAGAAGCCCUUCACCUGCAGCUGGUCCAACUGCCAGAAGAAGUUUGCCCGCUCUGACGAGCUGGUGCGCCACCACAGCAUGCACCAGAGGAACCUGAGCAAGCUGCAGCCUGCCAUGUGAGCGGCGAGGAGGAGGAGGAGGAGGAGGAGGAAGGCGGCGGCUCGUGGAGGAGGACACUCGGAGCCUGGUCGGUGGUUGUGGCGCCUUGGCAGACCUGCUGUAGCAGCAAACGCAGCCCACGCGAGCCUCAGCCGGACGGGACUCUCUCUCUCUGCGGCGGUGGGCGGUGGACGGGACGCUGCGGCUCAUCCAGCGCUUGGUUCUGGCUGUUUGACUCUGAGGGUUCAGCGCCACAACUACUCUGAGCCAAGAAGUCGUUUUAUUUUUCUGUACAAUGAGGACAACGGCAACACUAUGUGAAUAUUUUCGUACGCUUGCACUGGCUUGUGGUUUUAUUGUUGAAAUCGUGUCACUCUCUGAAUGUGCUGGAGCGUGUAAACUGGAUUUAGGAGAGAGUGGUCAUCUUUAUAUUCCUACACAUAAAUAUCAUUUAAGUGCUUUGUGUAUAUUUGUCUUGGCUUUACUUUUGUAUUUUCUACCUUUGUGUAUCUUCCUUUCCUGUGGAUUAACAGAGGCGUUGGUGCUGAGCGUGCGGUGGCGUGUGUGUGUUCAUGACAGAGGAGGUGGUGGUGUUGUGGGGUUAAGAGGCCGUCUAUGAGCGGUGGGGGGGGGGGGGGGGCACCCAGCCAAACCCUGGGCCACGUGACGCUGACAGGGUGCAGGUCUCACCCUCCUACAUCGCACAUCUUCAUAACCAGGACCAUCUGGACCCCAAUAAAUCUCAUUAGAGAACACGCAUACCUCCGUGUCAGCUGGUAAUAC